AAAUUAAAACGUGGUGAGGUCAAUGUGGCAGGUUCCAAUCCUUCCUUGUAUAGAUCGCAUCCAAGUCCAAAGAUAAACAGUUCCACAACUCUUUCCUUAAUCUCACUACUUUUGUCUUCUUAGUUCUCUCUCUCACCUGCUUCUCAACUCUCAACUACUUCUCUUCACUUCUUCUUGCUGCUUUUUCAUUCAGGUGGCCUGCUCUUGCUAUUUGUAGAAGACAAGUUGGGGUUUUCUAACAUAAUUAAGCAUGAUUAAAAGGUUUCCAAGUAGUAGGAAUCAAAGAUCCAAAGGCAUCAAGGUAAAACAUGUUCUGCAAGUUAUGCUUUUACUUGGUGUAUGCUUCUGGUUGAUCUACCAGGUUAAGCACAAUCACGACAAGAAGAAGGAAUUUGAUAACACCAAUUCAAAACUGUCAGUCAAAACCGAGACAGAUCAGAUUUUGAAACUUGGUAGAAAGGACCUUCAUCCAGGUAAGGAUGAAGUGAAUCAGAACGAAAAGCAUGAGGAAGAAGAGGAAGAUGAACAUAUUGUAGAGGAUGCAGAAAGUAAACAUGAACACGAUGAACAACAACAAGAAGAGGAAGGACACAAGCAUGAAACUGAAGAAAGUGAAGUCAACAUUCAUGAAGGGAGAGAACAAGAGGAAGAAGAAAAUAAGCACGAAGCAGAAGAACAGGAGGAAGAUGAAAGCAAAAUUGAAGAGGUGGAAGAUGAAAGAGGAGACGCUGAGACAGAUGAAAAUGAUCAUGAGAAGUCAGAUGUAGAUAAUGACCGUGAUGAUGAGGUUAUAGAUGAAGAGAAAGAGAAAGAAGAAGAGGGUGAUGAGACAGAGAACGAAGACAAGGAAGAUGAGGAAAAGGGAGGUUUAGUUGAAAACCAAGACAAUCAUGAAGCUCGGGAGGAACAUUACAAGGGCGAUGAUGUGUCUAGUGCUGUGGCUCAUGAAACACAUGCAACUAGCACUGAAACUGAAACAAUUAAUUUGGAACACUCUGGUGUAAACUUAGCAGUGAAUAUCAGAAAACCAGAUAUCGAGACGACUUAUUCGGAUGAAAGUAACAAGAAUCAAAAUGAUUCUGAUUUGAAGGUUAAUGAAGGUGACGGGACAGAUGGGAUUUCUUCAAAUACAACUGCUGGUAAAGAUACUGGAAAUGACAGUUUGUCUAAUGAAACAUCCAAAACAAACACUGACAUAAACAGUAAUCUGACAGCAGUGACCACUGAAGCAAGCAGUAACUUGACCAGUAAUGACAUGUCAAGUUCAUCUGAACAGAAUAAAACGGCAAUCAUAUUGGAGUCCGAUCAUACUCAAAAUGCGACAGCUACAGCUAAUACAACAAUUACGGGAGAUAUACAACAAGCAGAGGGAUCCGAGCAGAAUGGCAAUAAAAUUCUGGAAGAAAACUUGCCUGAUAACAAUUCAACACUUUCUGUUAAACCGGAAAAUGGAGAUGCAGCUCCUGGAGAAUCUUCAACUCUCAGGGCUAGUGAGUUAGAGAAGACAAUCGGGUUUGUAGCUUCAAAUAGAACUGAAAACAUUUCGAGUGAUUUUGAUAGAAUUGCGAGCUCUGAUACCACUCAAAGUGACAAGUCCAAAGGUAGCAUUGAAACUAGUGAAGCAAAUGAAACUCAGAAUAUCGAUGCCACUGAGGAUGAGAUAUUCAAGGGUGAUACUCAAACAGGUGAAACUGAUGAAAAAUCAGACUCUUCCUUUGCCACAACUGAAAUUUCAGAUUCUGUCGAACAUGAUGCCAUUGAUUCUUCUGAUACACAUAUACACGAGGAUAUGGAAAAGGCUCGAACUGAUCUUGAUACGUUGCCUGAUAUUAGAAAUGAAGGAAAUGAGGACGACGAAAAUGCAGCUGAGUAGAUUUAGAAGAUGAUCAUUGUGUUCUUGAAAAGAGUUUUUUUUUUUUUCAGUUUUUCUUCUGACCCUUUGGUGUUUACAUGACAAAUAUAUCCACCUAGUUAUAGAACCAUUUGCUUGGCUCAAAAAAUGUGUAAAGACAAGAUCUUCAAAGGUACAUAAGGUGUGGAUAUUUUCAUGAUUAUGUCUGGGUCUGGAUAUGUAUAAUUUAUUUCUACCUUCCACUUUCUGCUAUUAUUGCUUCCUUUAUUUUUUUAUGCUAA